AUGAUGCAUCAUCAUCAUCAUCAAGCGGCCGGGUCGUCGACGUCGGUCCCGCAUUAUCUAUCUCCUCAGCAGCGACAAGACAAUUUGGUUUACCCUCCCCCACCCCCUCAACCAUCUCCAUCUCCAUCUCCUCCGCCUCCCCCUCAUCAUCUAACGACGGCGGCCAGUAGCCCUAAUUAUCCAUAUCCUCCCAUACCCGGCCCCUCUCUUCUCGAACCGUCGCCACCGCAGAAGGAGCAGCAGCUGCAGCUGCAACCCUACCACCAGCCACAGGCGCAACAACAACAACAACAACAACAGCAGCAGCAGCAGCAACAGGCAUAUGGAUGGGCCAACCCAGAUUUCAACCCUCCACCCCCUCCCUUGUAUCCCGAGAUCCGCCAAAGCUGGUCUACCGGAUUAUGUGAUUGCUGCGAUGAUACCAAUAGCUGCUGCUUGAGCUGUUUCUUUCCUUGUGUUGUGUUUGGAAAAAUAGCAGAGAUCAUUGAUGAAGGAAAUACAAAUUGUACGUCACACUGUACAAUAUUCUCUAUAUUGUCAUGCCUGUUAUAUCCUACGAUUUACAGCGCUUAUCUAUACGGAGGGCAAGCUUGUUGUGGUAUGGAAGGAGAAGCUUUGUCGGUUCUAGCUUGGUACUCUGCUCCAUUUCCUUACACUUGCUUCUUUCGCCAGAGAUUGAGGCGAAAGUAUUAUCUCAGGGAAGCCCCUCUUUGGGAUUGGGUUGCCCACUUCUUUUGUAUGCCUUGCUCUCUUAGCCAAGAGUACCGAGAGCUCCAAACUCGUGGCUUCCUAGUAUCCGCAGGUUGGGAGCAGAAUGUCGAGAAUCAAAGUCGGGGUUUGUCAAUGGCUCAAGUAGCGCCACCACUCACUUACUCAGGAAUGACAAGAUGA